UCCUGUCUCUCGGGGCGGCGGCGGUUCAUGGCGGCGACGGAGCUGAGGGGAGUGGUGGGGCCGGGCCCGACAGCCAUAGCAGCUCCAGGCGGCGGCGGCUCGGGCACUGGAGGCUCCUCCGGCUCCGCUCGCGAAGGCUGGCUCUUCAAAUGGACCAAUUAUAUCAAAGGCUACCAGCGGCGGUGGUUCGUGCUCAGCAACGGGCUCCUGAGCUACUACAGGUCAAAGGCAGAGAUGAGGCACACCUGCCGUGGUACCAUCAACCUUGCCACAGCCAACAUCACCGUGGAGGACUCCUGCAACUUCAUCAUUUCCAACGGGGGCGCGCAGACCUACCACCUGAAGGCCAGCUCAGAAGUGGAGCGGCAGCGCUGGGUGACAGCCUUGGAACUGGCCAAGGCCAAAGCCGUGAAGAUGCUGGCAGAAUCAGAUGAAUCAGGAGAUGAAGAGUCCGUCUCACAGACAGACAAGACAGAGCUGCAGAAUACCCUCCGGACCCUCUCCAGCAAAGUGGAGGACCUGAGCACGUGCAAUGACUUGAUAGCCAAACAUGGAACAGCCCUGCAGCGCUCCCUCAGUGAGCUGGAGUCCCUGAAACUGCCUGCUGAGAGCAACGAGAAAAUCAAGCAGGUCAACGAGCGGGCUACACUCUUCAGGAUAACAUCCAAUGCCAUGAUUAACGCCUGCAGAGACUUCCUCAUGCUAGCCCAGACUCACAGUAAGAAAUGGCAGAAGUCCCUGCAGUAUGAGAGAGACCAGCGCAUCCGCCUGGAAGAGACCCUGGAGCAGCUGGCCAAGCAGCACAACCACCUGGAGAGGGCCUUCCGAGGAGCCACUGUGCUGCCGGCAAACACACCAGGCAGCGCAGGGUCUGGCAAAGAUCAGUGCUGCUCCGGCAAAGGCGACGUGAGUGAUGAGGACGAUGAGAAUGAAUUUUUUGAUGCUCCUGAAAUCAUCACUAUGCCUGAAAAUUUGGGCCACAAACGUACCGGCAGCAACCUCAGUGGGGCCAGCAGUGACAUCAGUCUUGAUGAGCAGUACAAACAUCAGCAGCUGGAGGAAACCAAGAAGGAAAAGAGAACUAGAAUACCUUACAAGCCCAACUAUAGCCUCAACUUAUGGAGUAUCAUGAAGAACUGCAUUGGAAAAGAGCUCUCCAAGAUCCCCAUGCCGGUGAACUUUAACGAGCCCUUGUCCAUGCUUCAGCGCCUUACUGAGGAUCUGGAAUAUCAUGAGCUGUUAGACCGAGCUGCAAAGUGUGAGAACUCUCUAGAACAGCUCUGUUAUGUUGCAGCUUUCACCGUGUCCUCCUACUCCACCACUGUCUUCCGUACCAGCAAGCCAUUCAACCCGCUCCUUGGGGAGACCUUUGAACUUGACCGGCUGGAGGAGAAUGGGUAUCGAUCCCUCUGUGAGCAGGUGAGUCACCACCCCCCUGCUGCUGCUCACCAUGCUGAAUCCAAGAAUGGCUGGACAUUGCGUCAGGAGAUCAAAAUCACCAGCAAGUUUCGAGGCAAAUACCUCUCCAUUAUGCCGCUCGGUACUAUUCACUGUAUUUUCCAUGCAACUGGGCACCACUACACUUGGAAGAAAGUUACCACAACGGUGCACAACAUUAUUGUUGGCAAGCUGUGGAUAGACCAGUCUGGUGAAAUUGAGAUUGUGAAUCACAAGACAGGAGACGAGUGCAAUCUUAAGUUUGUUCCUUACAGCUACUUCUCAAGAGAUGUGGCGAGAAAGGUGACAGGGGAGGUGACAGAUUCUUCAGGAAAGGUUCACUUUGCCCUUCUGGGGACGUGGGAUGAGAAGAUGGAUUGUUUCAAAGUACAGCCAGUCAUUGGGGAAAACGGAGGGGAUGCUCGGCAGAGAGGCCAUGAGGCAGAGGAGAGCAGAAUCAUGCUCUGGAAAAGGAACCCCUUACCGAAAAACGCAGAAAACAUGUACUACUUCUCAGAGCUUGCUCUGACCCUCAAUGCCUGGGAAGGCGGUACUGCCCCCACAGACAGCCGAUUACGGCCUGACCAGAGACUAAUGGAGAACGGACGCUGGGAUGAAGCCAAUGCUGAGAAGCAGCGCCUCGAGGAAAAACAGAGACUUUCCAGGAAGAAGCGAGAAGCCGAAGCUAUGAAAGCCACAGAAGAUGGCACACCCUAUGAUCCCUAUAAGGCUCUGUGGUUUGAGCGGAAGAAGGAUCCUGUCACCAAGGAGCUAACCCAUAUUUAUCGGGGAGGAUACUGGGAGUGUAAGGAGAAGCAGGACUGGAACAAAUGCCCGGACAUUUUCUGAGCUGGCGGGAGCCAGGCCGAGGGGGAUCCAAGGAGAAGAGGACAGAGUGCGUGGGAAGAUGGCACUGGACUUCCUGACCAGUGCUCUCCUCAAGUUUGUCUGUCUU